AAAAAAUUUGCGUCAUAACCUUACUUAUUUCUUACAAAAUGUCUUCUAUAAAUUAUUUUAUUAAAAGGUCCAUAACAACAUCGGCUGAACGUUAUGGUAAAAGAAAUUUUAAAAAAUUUUCGAUAUUUAACAAGCGCGGAACUAGAAUAUUUAAAAAACAACAAGCCGAAAACCCCGAUCCUGAAAUACCAAUUUAUAAAAGAGGAGUACGAGACGUAGGUUACAUAGAAGGUAAUAAAUUUAUUACGAUUCCGGAAAUGAUACCAGAAUUAAUUGUACCAGAUUUAACAGGUUUUAAAUUGAAACCAUACGUUUCUUAUAGAGCUCCCGAGGUUAUACAAUCCGAAUUUACAGCCGAAGACUUAUUUAAUGUUGUAUACGCUCCGAAAAUAGUGAAAGAUUUCAAAGAAGACAAAUUAAAUGAAAACGGUCAACCGAUAGAACCGUCAGAAAAUGAGAAAAUGACCUCAGAAGAAGCAAAGUUGAAAGCCAGACAAACUGGCACAGAUAUAUUUUGACUUAAUAAUUGUUUAUUAGUAAAUAUUUUGAAAAAGUAA